ACCAUGGCCCCACAGCAAACAGGUAGCAGCAGGAAGCGGAAAGCAACCGCGAUCGAGGCGGGAGCCGGGUGCUCCUCUUCAUCGCUGGGCUCCGGGGCGGUGGGCCAGGGAGAAGGGCUGGUGGUGGCUAAGCGGCAGAAGCGACAGGAGGUGCGGCGCUCCUUGGUGCACUACCUGAAACACCGCGAGGUGGGCGCGCGGGGCUUCGCCAAGGUUCAGGGCUUCGAGGGCAGCAUGAGUGGCUACGUGGUGCAGAGGCUGCCCGAGAUGCUGCGCGAACACCAGCUGUUCCUGGGCACCCUGAACAAGGUGUUCGCCUCUCAGUGGCUGAAUGCCAGGCAGGUGGUGUGCGGCACCAAGUGCAACACGCUUUUUGUGGUGGAUGUGCAUUCGGGCCACAUCACGCACCUCCCACUGCUGCAGGAUAAGAACUCCAAUAUGGCCCAGGACCAAGCCACCUGUGGCAUCCAUGCCAUAGAGCUGAAUCCUUCCAAGACUCUUUUGGCCACGGGGGGUGAAAACCCCAACAGCCUGGCAGUCUACCAGCUGCCCACUCUCGACCCUGUGUGCCUCGGUGACCGCCAAGGUCACCAGGACUGGAUCUUCGCCAUCGCCUGGAUGAGUGACACUGUGGCCGUCACUGGAUCCCGGGAUGGCACCGUGGCUCUCUGGCGGGUGGACCCUGACCUGGUCAAUGACAACGUGGCCUGGUAUGGUGAUGAAGAGAUUCCCACGUAUACUCACAUCCAUCCUAGAGAUGUGGAAGCCAUCCCCAGAACCACCACCAAUCCAGGGAAUCAAAAGGUGAGAGCCCUGGCUUUCAGUGGUAGAAACCAGGAGCUGGGAGCAGUGUCCUUGGAUGGGUAUUUCCACCUGUGGAAAGCCCGAAGCAACCUGUCCCGGCUGCUCUCCAUCAGAUUGCCAUACUGCCGAGAGAACGUGUGUCUGACUUAUUGCAAUGACUUGUCUUUAUACGGGGUGGGCUCCCAGUCUCAUGUCUCUUUCCUAGAUCCACGGCAACGCCAGCAGAACAUCAGACCCUUGUGUUCCCGAGAGGGUGGCACAGGUGUGCGCUCAUUGAGCUUCUACCAAAACAUCAUCACUGUGGGCACAGGCCAUGGUGCUCUGCUUUUUUAUGAUAUCCGCACCCAGAAAUUUUUAGAGGAGAAGUCAUCAGCUAGUCCAGACUCCUUUCCUAGACCUGCAGGAAGAAAGCUGAAACUCACUUGCGGCAGAGGCUGGCUCAACCACGAUGACCUCUGGGUAAACUACUUUGGUGGCAUGGAGGAAUUCCCAAAUGCACUGUACACCCACUGCUAUAACUGGCCAGAGAUGAAGCUCUUCGUGGCUGGGGGCCCACUUCCUUCAGGCCUCCACGGGAACUAUGCAGGCCUCUGGAGCUAA